AUGGACAAGCUUAACUACUUAAAUGACAGCCAGAGGUCAAGCCAGAUCCGGUGCUGUCCCACUCCUGCUCGUGCUUGCCUUCGUCUCCACGGAUCUCAGUGGACUUUUCGUGAAGACCAAGAAGAUGCAAGCAGGGAAGUGUGUUCAGAGAACAACAUCGCUACUACCAAGUACCAGUGUGUAAAGUCCACAGGGGAGGUGGCCACAUGCUACAGGAAGAAAUGCUGUGGAGGCUUUAAGUUCGUCCUGGGACAGUGUAUUCCUGAAGAUUAUGACGUGUGUGCCGACGCCCCGUGUGAACAGCAGUGCACGGAUCAUUUUGGCCGCGUCGUCUGCACGUGUUACCCCGGGUACCGUUACGACCGAGAUCGCCAUAGAAACCGGCUGAAACCCUACUGCUUAGACAUUGAUGAGUGCAGCAGGAAAAACGAGACGCUUUGCUCACAGAUCUGCAUCAACACUCCGGGCAGCUACAGGUGUGACUGUGAGGCAGGUUUCUACCUGGAGGAAGACGGCAAAACGUGCAGCAAAGGACAAAGAGACCCUCUUUUUGAGAAGUCUGAUAACGUGAUGAAGGCAGGAACCUGCUCGGCCACGUGUGAAGACUUUCAUCAAAUCAAAAUAAAUGUUUUCCAACUCAAACAGAAGAUGUCCAUGCUGGUGAGCACCACUGAGGUGAACAAGCAGAUGACCAAUGAGAAGAUGUUGACAGGACAUUCGUUCCUGCCUGGACCUCCUGGACAACCCGGACCUCCUGGAGUUCCUGGUCCUAAAGGUUCUCCUGGACCCCCAGGUAGAGCCGGUGCUCCAGGUCUGCCAGGUCCUCGGGGCCCAAUGGGGCCAAUGGGUCCUUCGCCGGACCUCACGCACAUCAAACAGGGCCGACGUGGACCGGUGGGUCCUCCCGGUGCUUCAGGCAGAGAUGGCAUAAAGGGGGAGAAAGGGGCUCCUGGACCUUCCGGACCUCCGGGACCUCCAGGAUCGUUCGACUUCCUCCUACUGCUCAUGGCCGACAUCCGUAACGACAUCGCAGAGCUGCAGCAGAAGGUGUUCGGCAAGCAGAUGCCGUCGCCUGCUGAGGAUUUCUGGAAGGACGGCGUGGACUUGGGCUCCGGAGAGGAUUCCAAAUCCAAUGGUCCAUUAAGACGGAAACGGAAAUCUCCUGCUGCUUCUCCUGAUCCUGACUGGAAGAUCUGAGAAGUUUUUCAUUUCAGAAAAGAACUGAUUGGUGCGAAGAGAGCGAGAAGUUCAAAAUGUUUAUUUAACGCCAUACUCUUUUACACGAAGCCCUGAAUGUAUUGCUUUGUAUGAAAUUCUAUUUUUUUAACAUAAAAGUUGUAAAUAUU